AUGCUGGAAUUCAAAAACCUACUUGGCGCUGGUCGUAUUCUCAAAGUCAACUGCACAUCCAACAGAAAUGAAAUUCUACCUAUCCGUGAAGUAAAAUUCAAUGCUAUAUACGAGUUUCCGGUGAGGGAGAAAGGGAAAAACAGAAUAGUAUGGCAUUGUCAUUUACAAGAUGGUAACCAUUUUUCUGAAUUAUGGAGAGCAUACAGAGGAGCGCGCGUCGCUCGAUGUGGUCAGAUACGCGCAUAUAUGUGUAAACCUGACAUCAUUGACUUAGUGAGAAAUCUUAGAGCGACCGAUCAAACUCAUCUUUGGCAUUUGAGACGUUUUUAA